AUGCGUCUCUCUCUCGCACUACCCCUGGUAGCGGGUCUUUUGGUUUCUGUCUCGGGUAUCAAGUUCUCCUGUCCAAAGGGCGACAUCGAAGACUCAGGCUGCCUGGGCCCCAAAGAAUGUUUGUACCCAUAUGCCGGCAACUGUGACAAAUUCAUCGAGUGCGAGGUCAACAGUGACGGAACCGGACGACCAAUGAUUGGUGAAUGCCCUGCCGGUCUUGAAUGGAAUGAUAACAAAAAAGAAUGCGAUCUUCCUGAAGAUUCGACAUGCAGUGAUGAUUUGCAAGAAGUUGAAGACGAAACCCAAGACUUUGCGCCUCCCCCGAAAGGGACUGUGGAUGAAAAUUUCGAUUGCUCUUCUGCGCCUUCUGGGGGAUGCAUGAAGCGUAAGGGACGGGUGGAAGUCGAAUGCAUCUAUCCCAAUCCAAAAAAUUCAAUUUCAUAUAUCCAGUGCACUGACGGGAUUGCGUGGAUUGUAAAGUGCGACCAGCCCCUUAGCAGAACUGGGCAUUACAAUGAUGCUCUGAAGGCUUGCAUCCUUAAAGCUUAA